AUGGGAAAAGGAGUGGAAUUUUAUCAGAGCGUUGUAAAGCCAGUACAUCCCACGAACGUGAACACUCAUGGACUUUUUGGCAUUGAAUAUGUUAAGCAGCAUAUGAUGACGGCUGAUGGCUUUUGGACGCCUGGUUCAAUAACUGACGAAUUCUUAAAGAUGACCGAUUUAUUAAGAAAACGUUUACAAUUUUCGAAUUUAGAGAAGGUAUCACAACGUAAGAGACUUUUUCAUCAUUAUCGUGUCUUGAAGCGGCAAAUUCGCAACGGCCGUAGGAAAUGGGUUAAGAUGAUAUCUGAGGAUGAUUCCUUGGAAGUACGUAACUUAUUGACAGGAAAUAAGGGAAUGCAACGUUUAUAUCAGACGAUGUCUUUGAAUCAAAUUGUUGAUAAUAUUAAUCAGCGUACAUUCACUUUGCGUAAAGAACGUGAUCGCUUGACAGCCCGUUUAGAAAAUUUAAAGGCCGACUAUGAGAAGGCUUUGAGGGCAAAGUCCGAUAUUGAAAAUCGAAAUAGAUAUCAUGACCUCUACGUGCUGGAUGAACAAUUUAAAUCUUAUGAGAAAAAGAAGCUACUUGUGAAUUCACAAACAAGAUUGGCGGCUAUUAAAACGAUUAAUGGCAGCUAUCAGAAGAUAAUUGCCAUUUUGCGUUACGAUGAAAUCUUCUAUGAGCCAAUACUUAACUCUCUCGAUAAGGAUAUUUUGGAUCAGGAGCAUUUCAUUAAGCAUAUCCUACACUUGGGCUCACCGGCUAUAGCAAGAUUCUCAGAAUUGAGCGAGGAUUUCCGGAAACAACAAGAGAUGGCACGUAAGAGAACACUAGCAAUGACGGAAUUGGUGACAAAAUUGCGAUCUUCUAACAAACGAAGUAGUCUAUUCCAAACACUUAGAAAUGUUGAUGGAGGCCACAAGGGAGGCAGCCAUAAGGCUGCUAUAAAAUCACCAUUUGUCCGCGAGACCAUAAGUAUGUUGGUUAUGAAAACCGAGUUGAAAGCAAUCGAAGAGACAAUUAAGAAAAUCAAAUUUGCAACAUUUUGCUCGAAAUCGACCGAUAUUUAUCAAAGAAUGAGAGGGCAAGUGGAGUAUAAUUAUCAACUGAGGAAAAGACUUGAAAACGAUGAUUUAGGUCUUGAAGCAUUAGAAACUAAAGUGAAAUGUGCUUCAGUAUUACGCGAUGUCUUAAUCGAUAAUAUCACCGAUGAAGGCGAUCGGCGUUUAAAACGUGUAAAGCUACUGGGAGAAGCGAUCGAAGCACAGGAUAAAUAUCAAGCGAACAUUUUGGAUUAUAUGAAAAAUCGCGCCAAAGCUUUUGUGUUAUUUAGGUAUUCUCUGUGGAAUAUACACGAUAUAAUGCGUCAUGUUGCCCCAUCACGUGGUCGUCCAGCCCCUUAUCCUAAUGAGUAUUUAAAAUUGCCUUUACUCAAAUUCGAAAUGUUGACAAUGCGCGCUGUUCCACCGGAGGCUUUCGAGGAAAACAUUUCGUCUUUAAUGAAAACAGCAGAAAAGAAAUUAAGAGCAGUUAUGCUCGCUUUCUAUCAAUUGAAAGUGAAACCCAAUGAAGUUAUUAGAGCUCGUGCUGAUUAUCAAUCGGAUUAUAUUCAUCGUCAAGAAUUGCUCGUUAGCGAAACGAAUAGUUCUUGGACAAAGCAGGAAUUCAUAGUUGCGGAAACAGCAGCAAAAUCUACAAACAAUGUACCGAAUCGUAAACAGAUUAAGGCUCAAAGUGCUAAACUCGUUGAAGAAACUGCCAAACGAGACGAAUAA